CAAACUAUCUAACCCUACUUCACUUCUCUCUUCCGCCUUCCUGAGACCUCCCCCAAACCCUAGAGCACGAAUCGGCGCGUGACAGUCACUUUGGCCCUGGAAUCAGAAUUCGAAAAAUGGCCAGCACUGCUCUCCUUCGCUUGCUACGUUCGCAGUCUAAGCAGCUCUCCUCCAGAAGCUACUUCCCUUCAUCCGGUUAUCAUCCUUCUGGGUCUGGGGCAUGGGCACAUCGCCUGAAUGCAAAACCCAACUUCAACCCUGCUUUCCUGCCUGCUGCUGCUGCUGCCCAGAGACGGUGGGCAUCUCCAGCCAACACUAAUGAAGAUGACAGCAAGAUCAGUAUCGGACCACGGAGAGGGGAAGAAGCUGGGAAAGAUGACAAAGAUACUGGAGUUGUUUAUUAUGGUCCGAUCUCAUCCACCGUCAAGAAAGUCAAGCUCCUUUCUCUUUCAACCUGCUGCCUGUCCGUAUCGCUGGGUCCGGUCAUAACCUUCAUGACAUCUCCCGACAUGAAUGUGAUCCUUAAGGGUGCAGUUGCAUCAUCUGUGAUAUUUUUAAGCGCUACUACCACUGCUGCCCUCCAUUGGUUUGUUAGCCCAUACGUUCACAAGCUCAGGUGGCAGCCUGGUUCAGACAGCUUCGAGGUGGAGAUGAUGUCAUGGCUUGCCACAUAUAUCCCCAGGACGAUUAAGUUUGUUGAUAUUCGGCCACCUGAGACCAAUAGGCCUUUUGUGACAUUCAAAGCCAAUGGUAGUUUUUAUUUUGUUGACGAGGAGCACUGCCAUAACAAGGCUUUGCUGGCAAGGCUGUCUCCACAGAAACGUGAGUCAGCUUUUAAGAAUUUGUGACUCUGAACAAAACACACUGACUACGCCUCAUUUGUUUUUGCAGAUGAAAUGAGAUGAGUUAAAAUAAAAGUUAAAAAAGUUGAAUUGUUUAUUUUAUUUUAUGUAAAAAUUUGAGAAAGUUGUAAUGAUUAGAUGGGAUGAGAAUAGUUGUGGAAACAAUCGAGGCCUAUAGGUCUUUUAGAAGCUUUUCUUUUGGAAUGGCUGAACUGUGUU